AUGCCCCUAAACCUAAGCGACCUAGUGUGGGAGUUUCCGGUGGAUUUGAGUGCACUAGAAAUGGGAAAACGGAGGCGCAGGCGGGAUUAUAACGAGAGCGGCCUGCGCUGCGCCGGUCGGUGCCAGCACGGGGGUAGGUGCGUGGCGGCCGCGGGGGGGGUGUGCGCCUGCCCCGCGGGGAGGGGGGGCGCCACGUGCGAGCGCUACGUGGGCCACGACGCCGCGUGCGCCGCACUCGCCUGCCCGCCACCGGCACUGUGCGCGUGGCGGCCCGACGGUAUGUACGCGCCCCCAAAGUACCACUCGCAAUACUGUGGGAGUUUGGUUUACGAUCCUCUGGGGCCUGGAGAGCCGUACUGCGCGUGCCUGGACGGCGCCAGCUGUUCAGCGCCGGCGCAGGACGCUGCGGGCGGUGGGGCGGGGGCGGGCGCGGGCGCGUGGGUGGGCGCCGCCCUGGCGCUGCUCACGCUCCUGGCCGUGGUGAUGGCCGCGCUCUACCUGCUGCACAGGAGGCGACGCGGUGCGUUUGUGCACGCGCGAUUGGCUGACAACGUGGAGAUCAGCAACCCGAUGUACCUCGCGGGCGAGGACGAGCUGGAGCCGCGCGGCGACGCGCCCGCGAACGGCAGCAACCACUUUGCGAAUCCCGUAUACGAGAGCAUGUACUCGCCGCAAGACGGAAACCCCACCGAGGAGCGCGCCAACUUGCUGCAGGAGAGCUCGCCAGCGCGGCUC